AUGGGAAGGGGCAGGAACAGCAGCAACAGCAGCAGCAGCAGCAACAGCAGCAGCAGCAACAGCAGCAGCACUUGCGAAGAGAAAACUGCGGCAGCAGCAGCAGCACGCGCAGAAAAAAGCAGCAGCAGCAGCAGCAACAAGUAUAGUAGCUGCAGCAGCCGCUGCAGCAGGGAAAGCGACGGCAGACAAGCAGUGCUGCUGGGCGACAGCGGCGUGGGCAAAAGCAGUUUGGCGCUGCGCUUCUGCCGCGGCCGUUUUCCCCUUUACCACGAAGUGACCAUUGGUGCUGCUUUUCUGCAGCAAACUGUCCGCUUCGAACAAGGUAACCAGAUCAAACUGCACAUCUGGGACACUGGGGGCCAAGAGCGUUUCCGCGCGAUGGCUCCUUUGUACUACAGAGAUGCUGCAGGAGCUGUCGUCGUUUACGACAUUACGGCGCCGUCCUCCCUGGAAGCCGUUAAGUUUUGGACUGAAGAGCUGCGGCAGCACCUCGACCACUGCAGCAUUACUGUAGCAGCAAAUAAGUGCGACUUGCUGGGGGGCCCCUCUGAGGGGGCCCCUGAGCAGCAGCAGCAGCAGCAGCAGAUGCAGGAAGCAGCAGCAGCAGCUGAUACUGCUGCUGCUGCGGAAGCGGAGGCCGAGGCAGAGCAGUACAAAAAGGAUUUGGCCCAUGUUAAGCGGGGCGUCGAGCUUCGGCCUUGCUUUUUAGGAAGUGAAGAAGUUCUGCGCAUUAAAUCAUUUCGCUUUCAUCGAGUGCUCUGCAAAGGUCCGUCCCAGCAACUUCAGCAGCAGCAGCAGCAGCAGCAGCAGCAGCAGCAGCAGCAGCAGCAGCAAAUGAAGCACGAGCUGCGGCAGCAGCAGCAGCAGCAGCAAGAAAAGGAGCCACAAGGACAACGAGCUGUUGUGCUGCUGUUGCAGCGAGUGCAGCUGGAGUAG